AUGCGCCGCCCUGCAGCCCUGCUCAGCACAUGCCUCUCUGUCUUCACCCUCAUCCACGCCGUCGAAGUGGUCUCCGACUCCUCGUGCGACUGCUUCCUCACCAACGGCACUCAAGCAACCUACUUUACAAACCACCUCUUCUUCGACUUCCGCAGCCUCAAGGACCACGCAUCCGUCCCAAGCGUCAUCAGCGACCCCGAAGAUACGCCCAACGCGCCACCCACAAGCGACUACUUCAAAUCGGAAGCCUGGACAAAGACGUGGGCACUGCAAACAUGGGCCAAUUCCAAGCGCAACGGCAACGGCUUCUCGGGCGACGCGACGGUCCUCAUGGUCAACUCGCCCAAUAACGUGUUCAUUGAGCCAAAUAAAGACGCGUCAGCUUCGUCGGCAACCUACCUAACCAUGCGGACGGCGCGGCUGUCCAACUUCCAAACUGCAGCCGAGUUCCAGACCCAGAACUCCGACUACCACUACCUCUCGCUGCGUAUGCUCGCCAGAACAGUCGGCCCGCCGGGGGCAGUGUCCGCCGUCUUCACAUACCGCGAUGCCAGUAAGCUCGCGGAUAUCCAGGAGGCCGACAUGGAGAUUGUAACGCGCGGGCCCGGGAACAAAGUGCAGUACACCAACCAGCCGGGGUACACAGACAACGGCGACGGCAUCAAGGCCAACGCGACGAGGAAUGCCACGCUGCCCCGUGGGUUGCAGUGGUCGGACUGGGCGGUAUACCGACUGGACUGGACGCCGACGAGGAGCGUCUGGUACGUCGACGGCGAGGAGGUUGCCAACAUCGCGUACCAGGUGCCCCGGGAUCCGGCGGCCAUCAACCUCAACGCGUGGGGGGACGGGGGCAGCUGGAGCGGGAAUAUGAGUGUUGGCGCGGAAUCCAACCUGCAGCUUCAGUGGAUUGAGAUGGUGUACAACACGACCGAGGACAGUCAGCGUUCACGACGGAAGCGCCGCGGGGCUGCGGCGCAGCUGCUGACGAGAGGCGGCAAGGCCACGCUCUGCGGUGCGGUGUGUAGCAUCGACGAGGGCUCCCAGGCCGGAGCCGUCGCCAAGCUCUGGGGCGUGAAGAGCUCAUCUGCUAGGACGGCGGCGUCGUCGUGCUCUCUCCUGGCAGUGGCUUGGUUUUGCCUGGCGUUGGGUGUUUUUGCAUGA